AUUUCACUUCCUACUGUGUGUGGGGGGGGGGGCGUUACGACCCGUAAAGACAAGGUGUGGCGAGUUUACAAAGACGACUUCUGAAAUAGUCACCUCCGAAGUCACCUCCGUUAUUUCACCCGUUUGGGAUUGAACCCCCGGAAAAAUGUCUGUUUGGGAUGACUUGGAUUUGCUUUUAGACACUCCCAAUUCACUGGCUGUAACAUCCAGUGCAAGAGGAACUGUAAAGGAUAAGGCAAAUUUUAAGGUGGCAGAUGACGUUGCAGCAUUAAGGGAGGCCAUAGAGGGCAUUGGUACCACAGAAACUACCUUAAUUGAAGUGCUUGCACAAAGAAGCAAUGCUCAGCGUCAGCUUAUUGCUAAUGCCUACCAGAAGGCAACAGGAAGGACAUUAAUAGCUGACCUGGAGGGUGAUACCCGCGGAGACUUUGAGGAUGUGCUUGUUGCCUUGGUAACACCUCCUGCUGUUUAUGACUGCCGAGAGGUCAUUAAAGCCAUCAAGGGUGCUGGUACUACAGAAAGUACUCUGACUGAAAUAUUUGCCUCCAGAUCAAACAGACAGAUAAAUGCCCUCUCUGGGGCAUACCUGGCAGAAACCGGGAAGUCACUUAGUCAUGAUCUGCAGUCGGAGGUAUCUGGAGACUAUGGCAAAACUCUGCUAAUCUUGAUUGAGGGCAAGAGGGAUGAGAGCACCAACGUGGACAGCGCCAAAGCAAAGGCAGACGCCAAGGCCCUGUAUGAAGCAGGGGAGAAGAAGUGGGGGACCGAUGAGAGCAAGUUUAUUGACAUCCUGUGUCACAGGAGUGUUCCCCAGCUGAGACAGACCCUUGUGGAGUACAAGAGUAUAAGCAAGAAGACUCUGCAGGAAAGCAUUGAGAGUGAGAUGUCUGGAAACCUGGAGGAGCUACUGGUGGCCAUCGUCAAGUGUGUCAAGAGCACCCCUGCGUACCUGGCAGAGAGACUUUACAAGAGCAUGAAGGGUAUGGGGACCACAGAGUCCACACUGACAAGAAUACUGGUUAGCCGCUCAGAAGUUGACUUGCUAGAUAUCAGAGCCGAGUACAAAAAGCUAUUUGGCUGCUCUCUCCACUCCCAACUAGAGUCUGAAGUCUCAGGUAGCUAUGGUCAAACCCUGAGGAUUCUCUGUGGUGGAGACGACUAACCUCCAGUCUUGGAUGAAGUCGUUCAUUGAAGCUUCACCCAACACAAAGCAGAAGAAACCUUGAGCAGGAAAUAUUUCC